ACAAAAAGUGUCUACCCCGCUUCAACGACACCCCGCUUCAACAACACCCUUCCUGCACAGCUACAACUCGACAUCAUCUGACGUGUCCUCCCUCAUGUCGUCGCUGCAGCAGCACAAGUGCGCGGAGGCGGUGGCGCAGCUCAAGCAAGCGGAAAAGGCGCUAGCUAAGCGUUCCUUCUUCCGCGGCUCACCGGACUACUUAACAGCAGCGCCGCUGCUCGACAAAGCCGGCGAACUUUUCCGCCUCGGAGGCGACUUCGAAUCCAGCAAACAAGCCUUCGCGCGCUGCGCCGAAGCCCAGGAGCACAACCAGUCACCAUUCCGAGCUGCACAAGCGUGGGAAAAUGUAGCCAAGACAGCGCUGCAGCAGCUUAAAGCAGAGCGAUCCGGUGCACACACUGCACAGCAGCACACGGCCGAGGCACGCAAGGCUUACGAGACGGCUAGCGGCCUGUAUGUGGAUAUGGGCGAGUUCGGCAAGGCUGCGGACGCACUGGUUAAAGGUGCACAGGCCUGCGAAAGCUAUGGCUCCAGUGCGGACGACGUACUGCCCCUGUAUUGGCGCGCGUGCGACCUGUUAGAGGCACAGGACAAGCCCCACUUCGCGGUCGAAACGUUCCGCAAGACACUGAGCUUCUUGGUGAAGUAUGGUAAAUACGGUGAGGCUAUGAAGCUACUGGACCGCUUGGUGACGCUGUAUGAGGCCAUGGACCAGCGCCACAAUGUGCACAAAAUGCACCUGAGCCAAGUGAUCUUGAUGUUGGCAUCGGGCGACGUGCCUGCAGCUGAUGCCUUGUACUCGCGUUGCUUGCAGGACGACUCGUUCUUGUCUUCAGACGACUGUGCAUUGGCCGAGGACCUCGUUCGCGCGUUCAAGAUGGGCAACGAAGAGCUCCUCCAGGCCACUGUACGAAAGCCCGGCUUCAUGGCGCUGGACAACCAGAUCGGACGGAUCUGCCGCAAAUUAUCGGUAUAUGGAUCUGGAGACGCCCCACCACCGCCACAGCGCCAACACAGACCGGAUCCUUCUCGUGGAGGAGGCUUGCCUCAGCACCAACAACCGAAACAGCGUAACCCGUUCGCACCGUCAGCACGCGCAGCCCCAGCCCAGCGUAACCCAUUCGCGCCCUCUGCAAGAGCGCCAGCCCCAGUACAAGCUCCUUCGCUGGACUCCGAGUACGAUGUUUCAGCUUCUCAAGUGCCGACGACGUCGAGUACGGAUGUACGGGACAGCGACUACGAAGCAAUGCUGGCUGAAGCUCUCGGUGAAGUCGACGUUUCUAAAGACAAGAAGAAACCAACUUCGACCCACAAGCAGGAGAUAACCGAGAAACCCGCUGCGCUCACUAAGCAGUCGUCCUCUUUGUCGCCUACUUUGGUGCAUUCUCCGCCGCCCGCAGCGGCGCGUGCUAGCGUUCGCAUGGACUACGAGGACGACCUCGAGUUCGCCAUGCCAGACUCAGACUCGCUUGAGUUCUCCAUGACCCCGAACGAAUCGGCGGGUGCUGGUUAUUCGGACUCGUUCGAGGCGGCUGCCGCACCUCCGAAAGAAGAGACACCGGCGUCCAAACCUGCGUCUAAACCGGUCGCUCCUAUGUACGACGAGUUCGACCUCACCUAGGCCGCACAUCCAGACACAAAAGAGCAAGCAAACGGUAUUGUAGCUUAAGGUAAUGGUGCUUUUCUGCUCAAAUCUAGCUUCUCUUCUUCCUGCACCCUGCUCAUGGUAUGACUAACAGCAUGCACAAGGGUGACUCUCAAUGCGGAUUAAUGUAUUUGCAGUGUCUUAGCUGAGCUCGCGA